UGCUAUGCACGCUGAUGCUAGACUAGUGGUCACGUGGUACAGUUCCCGUUCUAUAAGUGUAGAAUUCUGUGACUCUAGAUCAUCUCUUGCGUUGAAGGUAAAUCCGUUGCUCAAUGCUCUUUGCCCUGCCCACUGCCCACAUGACCGGUGACUGACAGGUUAUCAAAGACCCAGCGGCCUACAAUGGUCCGAAAGCACUAUUAAAAGCUGUACAGAGCGUUGUCACGGACAAAAAUGCUCUCUUCCUGGACAUCGGGGCCGGGACUGGACUCGUUGGGGAAGUGCUAAAUGAGUCAGGCUACAAGAACCUCCACGCCCUCGAACCACAGCCCAAGUUCGCUGAACUUACCGGAAGCAAGGGAUUCUACUCCAAAGUUUUCACGCAAUUUAUUGGUGGGGAUUCGCCAGUUUCAGCACCUGACGACACCUAUGACGUCUUAGUGUCCAGCGGAGCUUUUGCCCCAGGCCACAUCCCCUGCAGUGCAAUUCCUGAGGCGAUUCGCCUAGUUAAACCAGGUGGCUAUAUAAUAAUCUGCCUGCGUGAAGAAAAUUUGACGAUAGCGACCGAAUACAGAGGCCGCCUAGAACCUUUGUGGAACAAGCUGGAAGAGGAGACCAAGUGGAAACUAAUCGAAAAAACGCGCUACCCGAAUCAUUACGCUGACAAAGGCGGCCUGUGCAUCCUCUAUAGAGUUUGCUAAACUCCAUUUCGUUGGCCAGCUGUUAAAAUGUACUCAACCUAUAAUUUUGGUUUUCGUUCGGUACCGUUUGCAAAGGAUUAAAAAGUAUUUUAUUGGAAUUCAAAUCAUGAUGAAAAAUAGAUAGAAAAAUAACAUAAUUGUUUGUACAGUUGUUAAAAAAUAAAAGUGUUCUUUUAUAUUAUAUCUCCUGUAUAAUUUUGGUUUCUGGGCUUAGAUUAUAAAAUCGUGCAAUUUUCAGAAUUUAUACAGCUUAUAUUAAAAGCAGCUUCUAUUGAGUAAAACAGGAUUGGAAUUUUUUUUCUUUUCAGGAAAUGAGGGUAAAUGACCACUGCCUGUUUGUUUAUUGACACAGUUUGAUAUGUAUAGGCCAUACCUAUACGCGUAAAUAAAGUUCUAGAACAGACGGAAAAAUUGCCAAGUGAAAUGGGUUGCCGUUGUAUAAGAAAUCAAAAUUAUGAUUUUUUUAAAAAUAGGUACAUGUACAUUAUACAGUGUGCUGUGCAACGUUAUUUUAAAAAUAUAUGUACCAUAUAUUACUCAGGCUCAAUAAAGAAAUAUAACACCGUGA